GUUACUGAGUCAUUCGCCCAUAGCUUGUUUACCUCAAUUUUUCAGUCGGCAAUGAUUACAGAGAUUGUAAUUAGCGCGUCCACUUGAAUUUUGGGUCACUAUCAAGUUAAUCAAGUUACUAUGAAAGAAUCUUAAUCGAUCGAGUUUCAAGCGAUAGCCCACACAUAAUAGUCACUUUUCUGUUCCGCAUAAAAAGCACUUGAGGCGUGUUUUCGUUCAAAGAAUUUCCAUUAGAGCCUCCCGUGUCGUCUAGACUAUAUUUAUUGGCUUGGGAAUAAUCGCCGGCCAAAUCUGAUCCAGCCUGUUACUAUUCCAAGUUAAAUGUUGUGGACUUUGCUCGUAGUGGGGACGUUCCCAAAACCCGAUAUUGACCAUGACCAUUGAUUAAGGUAGUUGCACAAAGAACCAUUUGGGACUGGUCGUGAAAAAGAUUAUCAAACGAUAACUAGGUUCUCCCAAUUCCCAUGAUAACACCACUGAAGUCGGCCCUUCUCUUAUCGAAAUCUCGACCUCGUAUAUAAAAGAUCGUGAGGAUUGCUACCACAACCAAAGCGCUGUUUGCUACCAACCCACCAACAUGGUCACCAUAGGGCCAACCAUUUCGCUCCUGCUCCUGCUCCUGUCCUUGGCACUGGCCAGCGCCAGUAUAGGUGUGGAGCUUCCAAAUGACUUAUCCUUGGACGAAGUCCAUUCCGAGUCCCAGUCACAAUCCUACUACACAAUCACCACGCUCAGACGCCUGGCAGUGGAGUUCAUCGCCCAGUAUCAGAACAUAACGAUCCACGAUCUGGCACAGGAUCUGUAUCGGGACAAGGAGAUACGACUACCCACUACCGAGGACUUGAGGUGCCUGGCAGAUCUGCAGACUCUUGCGAAUGCUGUGUCCGCUAGAAAAUUUUGGGCUCUCAGAAGUAAGUUCAUAUUCCACACAGAAAAAUCUAACUUAUUGUUACAUUAUCAGCACAAUACAUACUCUUCCCAUUUUGUUACAGUGAUUGACUCCUGGGGCACCUUGCCUUCGGGUAUCCUGUACGGCAACCUGGUUGAUCUGGGUAACUUCGACGAGUGCCUGGGCAUAGACCACGCUGAGACCUCCACCCACAGUGUCCAGGGAAAGUACUGCCUCAGCAAGCUUCAAGUGGCACCAAGUUUCUCCGCCUAUCUGUCCCUCAAGACGGCAGUCUGCUUUCCCGCCUCCUGCUCCGCCGCCCACAUGGACACGAUGCUCCGGAGAUUACUGCAGAACCUCCUGAACAUUGAGCUCAAUCCAGAGGUGCCUGUGGUGAACGAGGGCACAUGCAAGACUGCCGAUCGGGAGCCCUACGAUGCUCUGACCAUCUUCACAAUAGUCCUGCUAUCUAUUCUGUGCGCUCUCAUGCUGCUGUCCACCGUCUGUGACUACUUGGUCUGCCAGGAUGAGCAACCACUGAACAAGUGGAUAAAGGCUUUCUCCGCGCGCGCCAACAGUCGGGUUCUCUUCAGGCUGGUGGCCCCCAGGAGCAAUCCCAAUGUCAUUGACUGCAUCCACGGCAUUCGAGUACUGUCAUUCAUCUGGGUUGUCUUUGGGCACGUAUACCUCGUCUAUGUCUUUGGUCCCAACAUGAACUUUGUCAAAUUCAACACGUGGCGCAAAUCGCCGUACAGUAUGCUAUUGCAGCACGCAGCGUACUCGGUGGACACGUUCUUCUUUCUGAGUGGCCUCCUGAUGGUGGUGAUUGCCCUUAGGGCAAUGGAAAGAACCAAGGGAAAGCUGAAUGUGUCCCUGAUGUAUCUGCAUCGCUAUUUGCGCCUCACUCCGGUCCUGGCCUUGGCCAUUAUCGCCUAUAUAACGAUUCUGCCGCGAAUGGGCGAUGGCCCAAUGUACGGAAAGGUGAACUUCGAUGACUACUCCAUAUGCAAGGACACCUGGUACUGGACGCUCUUGUAUGUGCAGAACUAUGCCACCAACCAAAUCUGCCUGGGACACUCCUGGUACCUGGCCGUGGACAUGCAGCUAUACAUCAUCGCACCCAUUCUCCUGAUCGCACUCUACAAGUGGAAGAGGAAGGCGGUCGCUGGGAUUGUGGUCGCCAUGCUGCUCCUCGCCGCUUGUCUCUUCAGCAUCAUGGUGAUCGAGAAAGUUUCUCUGAUUGCGUCCAGCGAAGAUUCGAUGAAAAGGAUAUACUUCUCCACACACACCAGGGCGUCCCCGUACCUGAUUGGCAUUCUAUUCGGAUACUUCCUGCACGUCAACCGGGGCAAGUCCUUCAAGCUCAGUCCCAUUGCAGUCAUCCUGGGCUGGGUGACCAGCUUGGCGCUGCUCUUCAGCUGCUUGUUCGCCGUCUACGGGUAUGCCGCAGAUGGGAAAACACCACCGAUUGUGGAGGAGGCCUUCUACCUGACCUUCACCCGGAUCGCCUGGCCCCUGGGUCUCUGCUGGGUGGUCUUCGCCUGCAUGCAGGGAUACGGAGGACUGGCCAACAGCUUCCUCUCCUCUCCCCUGUGGCAGCCGCUGUCCAAGCUGUCCUACUCCGCCUACAUCUUCCACAUGUUCAUGGAGAGCCUCAACGCCGGCAUUACGCGCACCAACACCUACUUCAGUAAUUACCAAGUGAUGCUUCGGUUCUGGGGCGACUUUGGCUUCACCAUGCUCCUCGCCUACUUUGUGUACAUCCUGAUUGAGGCGCCCUUCGGAAACUUGGAAAGCCUCCUGCUUCCCAUCGAGAAGCCAAGUGCCCCACUACCAGCUGCGGAACAGGUGAAGGAGGCCCCAGUGGGAUGCACUGCAUCUGCGCCAACGCUGGAAAAUAAAUCGCCACUGCCGGCAUAAGGAUCUCAAAACUAUUUGUGAGCAAAGAUAUCAACUAUAGGUUAAGGAUCUUUUUUUUUAUUAAUGUUA